GCUCACCUGCCUGAAGUGAUUAUACACGAACAUUUCAAAUACAUAAAUAAUUGUAAAUACAGAAGAUGUUAAAACAAUUGCAGGACCCCUUACAUCACACUUUUAAAACAUUAGUUCCAUUUUUUACAGAACCCUUUGGACAAGGAAAAGAAAUUGCACUGGCGACGUUGACGUACACAGGCAGUAAGAUGGCUGGAGGGCCGCCCUACACACCUGCGGUGGUGGGGUUGUGCUUCCUGGCAUUUGCUUCAUAUUUAAUUGGAAAUGCCAAGUUGUCUCUUUGUUAUUUUUAAUAGUUAAUUUUGUUUAGUAUGCACUGACAACAUUAAUGUACAUUAACAGUUUUUAAACAUUUCAACAAAACCAAAUCAUACUUGAAAUUUUACUAGAUUGUGUGGAGUUAAUUCCUUCCUUAAGAUUUCUUGCUCACUGAGGACACUUCAGGCUGCAGCUCUAUAACCCAAAGAAAAUGUGGGUGCAGCUACCCAAUGUAUCAGGACCAUUGGGACUGUUGCUUUCGAUAAGUGGGUCAGAGCAGAGUGGCCUCUCAAGUGGAAAAUUGAUUCUGGUUUGCAGUGGCUAUAUGCAUGAGCCUUAAAAGAGUAAAUUCCCUUCACACAGCCAACCUGCAAAAGCAUUUUAUUUCAGGAAUAAACUGUUUAAUCCUUUAAAUUUAAUGAAUAUAGCAGUGAAGAAAAGAGAUCAUGUUUCCAAACAGAGCUAAACCACACGUAAAAAGCAAGGAGAAUGUGCCAGACUGUCUUAUGAUCAAGUAUUUAUAGUAAAGCUAUUAAUGGAAUGGUCGCUACAGGACAGUGGAGAUCCUAAAUAGAAAAUUCUAGUGUGUUAAUCUUUAACAGUGAACACUUCAGUGCUGCCCUGAAGGAUAAAACAAAAGUAGAUUGCCCAUGUUUCACAUGGAUAAUUACACGGGCGGUGAAGACACGGACGACGACUUUGAUACCCAGCUCACCAUCCAGCAGAGUUUACAGAGCCUGCACGGGCCGGGAACUGUGCAGCAGCCUCCCGCGGGUGAGAGCUUUGGUUCCUUUUUGAGCGCUGACUGUAAGAAGAUAGUUGAAACAAUAGCAACAGUAGGUAAGGCAGAUGCGUUGUCACACUUGACCAAGUACCAUUCUGCAUUUGAGGAAGUAGAUGGGACGGGCUGGCUUCCUUUGCAUAAGGCUGCAGUGCAGCUCAAUAAGAGCAUUUUGGAAAUAACCCUGAAAGCUUCAAAACCCAGUGUGUGGGAGCAAACCACCCACAAGGGUGAAACACCUCUUUUUUUGGCUGUCAGCAAUUGCCUCUUAGAAAAUGCCGGCUUUCUCCUUCUCAAUGGCUAUAAUCCAAAUGCCAAGAAUUUCGAAGGCAACUCUCCUCUUCUAACAGCUGUUGUGCAGGACUCCUACGACAUGGCCUCCCUGCUGAUCAGCCAUGGGGCGGACGUCAAUCUGCGGUGUGCCAACGAGCGGACAGCUCUCCAUGAAGCAGCCAAGCUGGGCAGACAGGACAUGGUGAAGCUAAUGCUGGCGUCCGGGGCACAGCCUGACCCACAGAGCUCCUAUGGGUUCACUCCUCUUGCACUUGCUGCCCAAUGUGGACACACUGAAAUCAUGGAACUACUCCUGCAGAAAGGCAAGGUUUUCUCUAUGGCCUCUGAUUGUUCUUCCAUCUUGCUUGAAGCUGCCAGCGGAGGAAAUCCAGACUCUGUGACUCUCUUGCUAGGACAUGGAGCUGAUGCCAACGUCCCUAAGAAUUCAGGCCACCUGCCCAUUCACGUGGCAGCUGACAGAGGCCACUUGUUAGCUCUAAAGGUUUUGGUUCCAGUUACGGACUUCACUGCCAUUAAGCAGAGUGGCAUGAGUCCAGUCCACUGCGCCGCUGCAGGAGCACACCCCCAGUGCCUGGCGCUCCUCAUCCAGGCUGGGUUUGAUGUAAACUUCAUGCUAGACCAGAGAAUUCGCAAACACUAUGAUGACCACAGAAAGUCAGCUUUGUAUUUUGCGGUGUCCAAUGGUGACCUCUCUUCAGUCAAGCUGCUUCUGAGUGCUGGAGCUCUGCCUAAUCAAGACCCGGUUAACUGCCUCCAGAUAGCCCUCAGGAUGGGCAACUAUGAGCUGAUCAGUCUGCUGCUACGCCAUGGGGCCAACGUCAAUUACUUCUGCAGAGUCAACCCUUUGCAUUUCCCAUCAGCAUUGCAAUACACGCUGAAAGAUGAAGUCAUGCUCAGGAUGCUGUUGAAUUAUGGGUAUGACACAGAGCGAUGCUUCGAUUGUCCUCAUGGAAACAAAGUUCAUCCUUUCUAUACUUGUGAUGGCUGGACACCUACAGUUAUCAAAGAUACUAUGUUCUGUGAAGUAAUAACUUUAUCGUGGCUGCAACAUCUGUCUGGAAAGGUUGUCCGAGUGAUGCUUGAUUAUGUUGAUCAAGUUCAAAUCUGUUCAAAGUUGAAAGCUGUGCUCCAGAAACAGGGGCUUUGGUCAGAGAUCCAUUCUAUCUUGACAAACCCUCGCUCCCUGAAACAUCUGUGCCGCCUAAAGAUCCGGAAGUGUAUGGGACGUUUACAUUUGCGCUGCCCUGUCUUCAUGUCAUUUCUCCCAUUACCCAAUCGUCUGAAAGCUUACGUCCUUUACAAAGAAUACGACCUUUACGGACAAGGAAUUCUCACAGGAACCUGGUAACCAAACUAUUAUGGAUGUAAAGGUCACUCUCUUCGGACUGGCUACUGCUAAGGACAACAAACUGCCCCUCGCUGCUGGCCUGGUUUGGUCUACUGGAAGCAGCUAUCAACCUGCUCUGUUCUUCUAAGUCCUAGGGGAAAAG